AUGAUGAGAAAAGACAGCAGACACCUUCUGAAGUACACCCUGACACACAAAUCGCACAAGAAGACUCGUAGUCGGCCGCGUCCAACCAGAACCAUCGUGACCCGCAGCCAGUGUUCCGGUCACACUGGCUUCUUCCACCGGCUCCCGGCAGAGGUGUUCGCCAUGAUCCUGGAUAAACUGUCCGUGCUGGAGGUCAGUGUGCUCAGCAUGGUGUCCAAGGAAAUCACAAAAUACAUUUUGGACUACAUCUCCACCCUGGCCUGGAAGAAUAAAACAAUCAUUCAAAGCUUUCAUCAUGCCACCUGCCUUGAGCAGAGAUCCACUGUUGGACACUACCGAGACCUGGGUUUGUUGUUCAAGAGAUGUACCCUGUUGCUACCAACAAAGGAGAGGUUAAAGUUUAUCUUUAACAAGUUUUCACAGAUUCCCUGCUUCCUGUUGGAGCAGUGUUUAGCACCAGACUGCAUUGGCUUCUCCAGCUACGGAGUCUUCCUCCAGACACUGAUCGCAGGGUGGGAUGAGCUGGAGUGCCACAGAGUGUUCAACUUCCUUAGUGACCACACAAAUCUGCUGCAAAAAAUAGAGGCAGUCGUCACUGGAAAACCAGGGGUGAGGUGGUACCAAAAGAUGCAGCUCCGUCUAUUCUGCCGCCAGGUUCUGUUGGACCCGUGGCCGAACCAGCCAGAGUGUCAAUUCUGGCUGACGCAACUCCUGAAGCCGUGGCCCAUGGUCAGCCAGGCACACUUGCUGUUCGUCCUCUAUGGACCUCUGAUGCCUGAGGGCACCUUCGCUUGGCAGGAUCUGGUGGAGAGGGGGCUGCCUCACAGCGCUCUGUGGGAACUGGCCAGAGCCAUCCUCCUGCUCUUCGGCAAACUAGAACUCAAAUGCCAGACCGCCAAUUCCCUGCUGGCAAUCUUGGAGGAGAUCAUUGUCAUUCCUCAGCCAUGGCAUGUGGAGAAUGUGGCUCGUCUGUUGGUGCUGUGUGGCAGCAGUCUCUGCUACACUGUUCUAGCCAGCAAGGCCGUCAAUGGACGACUUCUUGAAAUCUCCAGACUCAUGGUGUACAUCAUACUGGUGUGUGAGAAAGACGGCUAUCACAUGACGUGGGCGGUGAAAAUGGUGCAGCAGAUCUGCAAGGUCUUCAGCACGGCUCCUGAAAGGUUCGGCUUCAUCCAACAACUGGAGAACAUGUUCUCUGAGGUCACCAGGGAGUUUUUCGAGUUUUCUGUAACAGGAAACCAUCUUGAGGACAGGGAGACUUUCCAGACACUGUGUUUCCUCCUGGACUCCAGUGCUCGCUUCCACACUAAAUUCCUCCACAUGUUCCUCAAAUAG